AUGCUCCUGUUCCCUCGAGCCUCAUGUUUGAGAGCUUCCCAAUGUAAGAGGAACUCUGGCAGCCUCUUUGUCCGGUUCAAUUCCGCUUAUGCCUCCGACCACUUCGCUCAACUCGCGUCUCGCCCGACCUCCGUACAUCAGAUCUAUCAAUCGCUUUCGACCGACCCUUACGUGAACCUUUCAAUUGAACAUUUUCUGCUGCAACAUGCGCCGCCCGAAUCAAGCAUUCUUUUCCUAUACAUAAAUAAGCCGUGCGUCGUAAUUGGCCGGAACCAGAACCCUUGGCUUGAGACCAACCUCCGGAAGCUCCAUAACGAUCGCGAGAGCACUGACAACAUCAAUGACGAUGCGGUUUUUGUACGGCGGCGUUCAGGUGGUGGUGCCGUCUUCCACGAUACCGGAAAUUUGAACUACAGCGUUAUCUCUCCUCGAACGACCUUUACACGGGACAAACAUGCGGAGAUGAUGGUGCGGGCAUUGCACCGCGUUGGAGCGGUUAACACGAGAGUUAAUGAUCGUCACGAUAUUGUCAUGUCAACGGAUCAGGUGCGGAAGAUCUCUGGGUCAGCAUUUAAGCUGACAAGAUUCCGCGCCUUGCACCACGGGACGUGUCUGCUGGAUUCACCAAACAUUGAUAUCCUUGGGUCCUUUCUCCGGUCUCCCGCGAGAGAGUAUAUCAAAGCAAAAGGUGUUGAGAGUGUCCGAUCUCCAGUGGCUAAUGUAUCUUCUUCAAUGAGUGAUGCUCCCGCCCAAUUCUCCAUCCAGGCGGUUAUCGCUAGUGUGAUGGAGGAGUUUGCGCAGCUCUAUCAGGCUAGCCCAGAUGCGGUUCGCCGAGCUCAGCGAGCUCACGCCGCUGAGCCUGAACUGUACGCUGGAGAAAACUGGGUAGCUGGGGCGGUGGGUGAUUACGAAGCUGAUACGGUGCCUGAGAUUAAGAAAGGCCUAGAUGAGCUCAGGUCUUUGGAAUGGAAAUACACACAAACUCCGCAGUUUACGUUCUCUACAUACCCAAUUGAGGAAGAUCCCCGUGAACGAUCAGCACUCCCGCCUUCUCUUCCCUCUUCGACACGCGUAUUCUUACGUUUCAAACAUGGAUCUAUCAUCGAAAGCUGUAUAUCUACCUCUGAUGACCCAUCGCUUGCUGCAGAGCAGGCCAGCCGUGUGCACGAAGCCCUAAAUGGGCGGAACCUACAUGAGUUGCGUUUAUCACACUGGACAGAUAUCCUACUCAGCCGGUUAUCCGCAGACGAAGAACCGGAUAAGGUACGUGAACUUGCGAGUUUCAUUGCCAGCCAAUUCGGCUGUUCAUAG